CAACUCUCCAAGGCUUUUUGGAGAUGGAGGCAGGAACUUGUGUUCUGGGUAAAAGCUGUGUGUGGGAACAGUAAGGGCCCAGCUGGCCAGGUGACCCCAGUGCCCCUGCAUGUGCAGGUCUUCUCCCGCCCCAAGGGGGUCUGUGCCUCCUGUCCCCCAGCAGCAGGCUGUGUGCACCCCAGGAGGGUGACUUUACUGAGUGCUGUUGGGCCUGGCCCCUGAGGUUCUACCACAGGACGGUGAAAAGGCCCUCGGCAUGUGAGAGGGUCACUCCCAUUGGCAGGGGAGUUAAUUUUUGCUAAUUUGUAGUUAGUGAUUUUUACCCUAAAGCUUUUGGACCCAUUCUUUCUCUGGACGGAAAAUGCACUGGUUACCUGGAGACUUGAAUAUGCUUCCACCAUGUGAGGACAGGAGGUUUCCUUGGGCUCUGGAUCCCUGGGUUUGUGUCCAGUUGGAAAUUAGCCAGCUCUCUGGGAAGGGGGUGUGUUGGCUAUGGGUGGAGGCAUCUAGCUGGAGGUCAAGGGUGGUCCAGAGGCAGUGGGCAGAUUGUCACCUGUAGGGACAAGAAGGGUGGCUGGCCGUUGUUCCCACACAUUCUUGUAAGAAGUGAUCCCAGAGGGGCUUCUCUGCCUCGUGUUGGAGUUAGUCACUGACCUGUGGCUGCCGAGGGUGUGGGGCACGCCCUCCCUGUGAACACCUAGGGCGCGGGCGUCUGCCUGUAGAGGACAGACCUUGCUGGGUCCAGCCCGGGGCAGGAUCAGACUGUCCCUGUGUGGGCUCAGGAAGUGCUGGUGCCUCAGGGUGGUCUGAGACUGGAAAUCCUUCCUGUCCUCUGUGAGGCCAGUCUGGACAGCCGUGGGGAGGUUCCUGGGUGUCUUCACUGAGCCUCUGGAGUUUCCUUCGGUCAUUUUUGGAGGAAGUGGGAGGGGUCCUGCCCGUUGCCCUUCUAAGAGCUUGAAACCCAGCCUGUCCCUCCACAGAUGUGGAAACUGAGGCCCAGGCUGUGCCCACAGGCAGCUGGAGCUCUCAGUUGGGUGUGGCUUCUCCUGGACACUUCCUUUGACUUCAGGUCAGGUGAGACCUCCUGCUGGGCUGGAGGGUUCCAGAGCAUCUGAUAGCAUGUGCAAAUGUCUUUCUCAUUUGCCUGGGGGUCGUUUUCUCAACGCCUUGGGGUGGUGGUGAAACUGCUUUUCUCCCUGGGGAAAACAUAGCUUUUCUUCCACUGACAUGUUUCAGUUCCAGCUCAAGGCUGAGUUCCUCGGCUCCCCUUGUUCUGAAGCACUCCUGGGGGCAGGGCAGGAUGGUGUCCACAGGCUGCCCGGCAGGGUGCUAUGGUCCAGCUUCCUGCAAGGUGGUUUGGGCGAGUGGCCAUGAGCUUCCCCAGGGAAAGACCCCUUUGACCCAGGAGGGAUGAGCAGCAGGAGGCAUCUCGGCUGAGCGCUGGGCCAGCGAGGUGCUGGGAAGUCCCCUUCCUGGGACCUGCUGGGGCAGGACCCCCGGACGUCAGGGUGGAGGAGCUGGGGGCUGGGCGGGUGAAGUUCUGCUCACCUGGUCCUGCUGGUGUUCAGGUUCCUGGAAGAGACAGCACCUGCUGACCACCAAGGAAGGUCCUGGAGGAGGGUGCUGCCAGGCCCCUGCCUCUCCUGGCUCCCCUUCCCUGCCAGCUGGGCCCCACCCUGCUCCGUGCCCACCUAGCACCCUGCCCCUGCCUUGGCGGAGGAGAUCUCCCCGGUCGAUGGCUUAAUCCAAGAUCCACUGGAUGGGAAGACAGCCCUCUAGGGCUGGGCUUCAGGGUCAGGGGAGCUCUGUUGGCCGGGUUCGGAACUGGACCUGGAGUGGCAGCCGCACUCCCCACCUGAGGACCCCAGGAUCAUGUCCGAGGUCCCCUGGCGGGAGUGAGGGAGAGCCUGAUCCUGAGAGGCCCAUGGGGCCUCCCAAGCCCGCGCUCUGGGCGCUCCUGCUGGUGCUGUUGGGGGCUGCUCCGGGCUGGGCCGGGAUCGGUGCCUGCAGCGUCCCCGACGUGCUUCACCACUACCGCGCGGUUAUCUUCGAGGACCUGCAGGCCGCGGUGAGGUGGACCAGACCAAGGGUCGAAGGGGCUGGACCAGGCUUCAGACACCAUUUCAUUCAGAAAAACCUGACUGGAGACGCGGUCUCCCGACGGCGGGGCCGGGUGGGAGUCUCAUGUGGUGCCCAGAAGGAGCACAGUAUCCUACUGUCCAUCGUGGCCCUGGGUCGGACCCUACGUGGGGCGGUGGCUGGGGGCCGCCGUGGGGCUCUGGAGAAGGCGGCGUGGACUGUGGCGGUGCGCACUGAGGCGGUGAUGCGACGCCACUGCCGGAAGCUGCGCCAGCGGAGCUGGCGGCCGGAGACGCGCCCUUCCCGGCGUCCGGGCGGCCGGAGGCGGCUCCUGCUGCGCGCCCUGGACGCCGUCGCCACCUGCUGGGAGAAGCUGUUUGCGCUGCGCGCCGCGGCCACCGACGGCUCCUGGGGUUCCUAGCACCCCGAGCGUGCGGGGCUGAGAAAGAGCCCCUCCCUCGCCGCGGCCCGCACUCUUCCCAGGGCCUGGGAUUGGAGGCAGUGCCCGCCUGGCGAGCUGGUCCCGGAAGGGGCCCGCCCUCUGCUCCAAGCAAGGCCCCAAUAAACUGAGCUGGUGCUGCG